AUGUCGUCUGGUUCUGAGUCCAGCCCAGACGGUUCUGUUUUUGUCGACGUUGAAGAUGUUCAAGACUUCAAUACAGGAAACUCCCUUCCGCUCUCAGUCGAGGAGGUCGCCAGAAUCAAGGAAUGGCUCCAGCCAACUCCGUAUGGCCUGGAGCGGAGCGAAUAUUGCAGACACCGCGCUUCAUAUCUAGCCGGAACCGGACAGUGGCUCACAUCAACAACCGUCUAUCGACAGUGGCACCAAGGCGCCGACAAUGGCAUUCUCUGGAUCAAAGGUAUCCCGGGGUCAGGGAAAUCCGUUAUGGCUGCUUCGAUUAUCGACCAAUUACAAAAGGAAGAGGUCCCGGUCCUUUAUUUCUUUUUUCGACAGAUCAUUGAUGCCAACCAUCAACCAAAGGCCGCGUUACAGGACUGGCUCUGUCAGGUCCUCAAUUACAGCCCUCGUCUACAGAUGAAGUUGAAUGACUACAUUGAGGAGAAUCGUGCCCUAGAUACUCUUUCCCUAAGCGACCUCUGGAAAGACCUCAAGUUGGCACUGGCCUCAUUCCCCAAGGCUUACUGCGUCACAGACGCUCUGGAUGAGAUGGAUCAGGGGAAUGAUCAAUUCCUGCAUGAUCUAGCGGAGCUCGGCCAGUGGCGCCCUUCAAAUAUCAAAGUCUUAAUCACCUCACGCCCGGUAGCUGCUGUGGAAAACUGUUUGCGAGCGACUUCCAUCGCUCACAUUCGACUGGAAGAGCACCUGGUCGAUAAUGAUAUCGCUGCAUACGUGCAAUAUAAACUUGGACGCUCAUCUGUUCCGCCUGAGUGUUGGGGAACCAUCAAAAAGGCCGUUCCAGGUCGAGCGAAUGGCUUGUUCUUAUACGCAAAGCUUUCAAUGAAUGCCUUCCUUGAUCCAGGUGCCGACCCGACCGAGGUCCUCAGGGCAUUACCGGCCGAUCUGAAUGUUAUGUACAACGACCUCUUGCGUGAACACGCAAAACGAUCAGGAGUACCUGAUGACUUCCAACGCUUUAUCAUGCAGUUUGUCACGCAUGCCACACGCCCACUGCGUCUCCUCGAAAUCGCUGAAAUCUCAGAGGUCGUUCAUGCCACGGAUGAAAGUGGCAGUUUGAAAGCAACUAAAGACCUGGUCAGAGCGGCAUGCGGUCCGCUGCUUGAAAUCCUACCUGAUGAGACAGUCUCAGUUGCCCACCACUCCUUCACCGAAUUUCUAAAGGGACUCACCCGCUCCAGUGAUUGCGAUGAUGACUAUCCAGUUCUUCUCGCUGGUCCAACUAACAAACGUCUUGCUGUUGCUUGCUUGGAUUACCUGACCUGUCUGGAUCACUCUGGAAUCAAGGAAAGGUUUGACAAAAAUGUAAAUUAUUGUCUUGAACAUGCUGAAGGAACCCAAUUGAGACUGCAAUUUCCCUUCUUGGACUAUGCAGUCGAAAACUGGCAUAUCCAUGCUCGGCGCGCAGAACAAGCUGGUAUAGACGUUUUUUCCGUCUACGAGCUGCUCGAUACAAUCUUUGCGCAUCAGCAGAGAUUUAUUGCCUUGGUUGCCAUGAUGUGGCCGGAUGCCGGGAUCAAUUGUAUAACACCCCUCCAUGUUUCUGCGGGGACCGGCCUCGCUGGAUACGUAGGAUAUUUGCUUCAACGCGAGAGUGAGACGGAAAUGUAUGAUAGUAACCGUCAGACUCCUCUCUGCUGGGCUGCAAUGUCAGGGCACAGCGACACUGUGCAAGUACUACUUGCUAAUGGAGCUAAGCCUAAUGUGCAGGGAAUAUCAGGACUCAAGCCAUUGCAUUAUGCUGCCAGAAAGAACCAUGCUGAAGUCGUCAAACUUUUGCUCUCGGCUGGGGUUGAUCCAAUGACCCCCACACACGAGAAUCGCAGGCCAGAUGUUUAUACUCUCAGAGUGUGGCAUACACCACUGAUGUAUGCAUGCCAUGCUGGCCAUGUUGAGGCAGUGUCUGCUUUCCUACCCUUCUUAAACGACAUUCAAACUUGCCAACAAGCCCUUUACUGGGCAGCAGUAAGAGGACAAGCAGCAGUUGUGGAUCUGGUCCUUCAGCAUUCUGGAGUGGACGUUAAUGCGAAAUUUCGAGGAGACACCGCACUUUUCAAAGCCUGUGAAGCUGGCGACCAAAAGUCAAUCGACAUAUUGUUGCGGGCUGGGGCUGAUCCCAACUUAUUCUGUGCGAAAGCUAAGGAUGAGUUCACCGGAAAAGGAAGUCAUCGUUCUACUCGCUACUUUGGAAGGCGGGAAGGUGGAGACCUGGGAGGAUUUACGGCUCUGCAUUCCCUUUGUGGGACAUUUCGUGAAUCCCCUAUCUGCAGCAAUGGUCUACAGUCAUUACUUGAUGCGGGUGCGGAUAUUCAUCUAAAAGACCCGGAAGGCUCUACGCCCUUGCAUUACGCCUGCAGAGCGAAUCAAAUCAAUCUAGUCAAAACUUUGUUGGAGGCUGGGGCAGACCCCACUGGUGAGAACGACGCAGGCGAGACACCUCUCCAUACCGACGGAGCUGAAGACAAGCGGCUUUUACCAGUGCUUUUAAAAUCGGACCUUGUGAAUAUUAACAAGCAGCUUCGCAAGACUGGAAAAACUCCAUUGAUGUGUCGCCUUGAGCGAAACAAGUCCCCGCUUGCCUUUCUGCAGUAUAAGCCCGAUGUCAAUGUCAUGAACGCAGAGGGUAAUACCGGGCUACAUAUUGCUUUGGAAAGACGCCGACACCCCGUGGAAGACUACCGUGAAAUAGUGGUAGCUUUAUUGUCCUGCGGCGCCAAUCCGAACUUGAAAAAUCGAGUAGGAGACACUCCAUUACACACAAUGUGCGAGGACGCCUACGAGUUACUACCUAUCCUGUUGCAAGCUGGUGCAGAUUUUGAAGCACGGGACCGAGCUGGUCGUACUGUGCUUUUUAGGCACAUUGACUCCAUUCAAAUCUCUAGGUCAAACCCCAUGCUCUUCCAGACCUUGAUUGAUCUGGGUGUCCGCCUUGACACACGCGACUUCAAAGGGCGGACUCUCCUGCAUCAAUGCUGUCACCAAAUCAGUCGACUAGACCAUAUGAUAAGUCUUGGGCUUGAUCCCACUCUCACAGAUUAUGAGGGGAAUACACUUUUGAUUGAGAUUGCCGCCUCGAAAAUUUCCAACAUUAGUAAGUUGGCAUUUCUGAAGCAUCUUUGCGGCUUGGGUCUGGCCAUAGAUCAAGCGAAUCAUCGCGGGAAUACCGUGUUGCACACACUGUGUGCUAGGGUGGAAACUCCCAACGAGCACCUGCGCUCCCUUGACUAUGUCCUUGACAUUUGCAAUAAUCCGAAUCCCUGUGACAUUGAUGGUGUUCAACCGCUGCACCUGGCUGCGACAAUCUCUGAGGUCUAUGUUUACAAGCUCCUUAACUCUGGGGCGGACAUAUUUGGAGUAACACAUGAAGGAAUGUCCGCCCUUCACACUGCAGCCCGGGCACGCCUGCCUAAUAUCGUUGGUCUUCUCUGCUCUAGGUUAUUGGAAGUAGGGGACGACAUGCGAAGAGCAUUCAUCAAUCAGCAAAAUACUGAAGGCCAAACAGCACUUCACCUUGCUUGUCGUUCGGGACGUCCUGAGACUGUUCAAAUCUUGCUCGAAGCCGGCGCAGAAGUUCAUUUGAUGGAUGAGACCGAACUAAACCGCUCCUUAUUUAAGGAGUGUGCGCAGUUUGAAGCCGAGCAAACACUGUGGGAUCACAUCCAGAACACCUAUUCCUACAAUGCAGCCGGCGUCUUGCUCAAUGACACGAAACGCCCAUGCUCUGAUCAAGAUGGCGCUCUCAGCACGGGCGAUUGCUUCUCGCGGCUAUGGACACGCAUGUGCCCGGAUAUCCUAUUCAACCAUUCAAACCGCCUGGAGUACCUUACGUCAAAAUACCGCCUCGAAGCAACCCAACAAGCGCUGAGAGAAUACAGCAACUCUGACGACGCUGACCACCCAUCUAAGAGCAUCGAAUUUCUGGAAGAGCUGUUGUUCCGAAGGCAAUACGAAAUACUUGAGGAGUCCAUCGCAAAACAAGGUGACCCUUUUCGUAUCAAUCGCGAUGCUCAUUCCCUGCUACAUUCACUUGUUAAAUGGGGCUUCAACGAUAUACUGGCCCGGGUCUGUCCCCGUGAUGCAGUCCUCGAUCUGGAUGACCACGAAUGGUGCCGAAUGGCAGAGGCAAAGGCAAGUUGCUCCCAGUCCAGCCUCAUUAGGUCUCUAUUAGUAACUGCCUGUCUAUCCGAGUUGCCUAAUAUGAGCGUCUUGACAUUUCUUGUUGAGGAGAUUGGAGUUAACCUGGAUAUCAAAUGCCGAUCGCCAUCGCGGGGAAUACAAGAACUCAUUUUUGUUCCAUCUGGUGGACCUCUUCAUCAAGUUGCUGCUGGAGGAAGCUGGUGGCAUGUGGCAAAGGCGUUGCCAUACCUGAUCAAAAUGGGCGCUAAUGUGGAGUUACGUGAUGAUGAUGGAGCGACACCAUUACAGACUGCAUUGAGUGGAUCACAUUACUCAGGCCCGUUCCAUAAAGAUGCUGCAAAGCUGCUCAUUGAGUGCGGAGCAGAUGUAAAUGCCGUGGAUGCCAAAGGGAUGACAUGUUUGGCAAAGGCUGGCAAUGACUUGACGCUACUCAAGCUGCUCCUGGCCAAUGGUGCUACAGUUACUGCCUCGGAUAUCUUUUCCGCCAUUGGGUUGGAGCAGGUUGAGAAACUGGAGGUUCUCCUCGCCCAGGGCGAUUAUGCCAACUUGAGAAAGCCUGGACCCGGUAGAAUAUGCAAAAGUCGCUCCAGGGGGGUCCGAAUUGUUGACUCUGAAGUAUCGCCGCUGCUGCAUGUACUUGGCUACGGAACACCAACAAUGUACCAACCAGAAGACGUCUCCCGGGGCACGCGCAUGGUGAAAACACUCCUCAACCACGGUGCAGAUCUAUAUGCCUACUUCAGUAAAGACGUGCGAGUGAUGAAAGAGGGAUAUGAUGAGCAUUCGGAUAUGGAUGAAUCAGAAGAGUUGGACGUGUGGGAACCGCAAACAACAACAGUCAUUCAUGAGUUUCUGCGCACCGGGCUCCUGAUCGAGCCAUUGUUCCACUUGCCAUUUUUGGAUCUCGAGCUUCGCGAUUCUAGCGGUGAAACCUUACUUCUCGCCGCAUGCCGAAGUUAUGAAACAUUGAACACAGAGAUUCAUUGUGCUCAGGGGCAGGAAACUGUUACCAAAACAGUCCUCCAAGAGCUUAUAGACCGCGGUGCAGAUGUCGCCGCGCGAGACAAGUAUGGUAAAAACAUUUUCCAUCAUAUAGGACUUUACUAUCCUGGAAAUGAUUUUGCGGAGACUUGCAUGGCUAUCAUCGAAAAGAAUCCCAACCUCAUCCAUCAACCCAACCUGGCUGGUGAUACCUUCUUCCACGAAAUUCUGCGUCAGCAUGCAUUCCAAUACAUGGAUCUAUUCUGGGAACUGGGCGCAAAUCCACUCCAACCAGACUCAUAUGGGAACACGGCCCUUCACUACUUGGCUGAUGAGCUCUCGCCAGACCCAGAACGAAAGUCUCACUUCGACCUCUUCAGAAAGUUCCUCGCUGCUGGUGUCGACAUCAAUGCCAAAAACCGUAAGGGUGAAACCCCACUCUUCAGAUAUAUCCUACAGAACAGCGACCACUGGGUUUUUCCAUCCGAUGAAGAACCAAGUCGCCCCUGCUUUGAUUUCUUCCAAGAAACAGGCGCCGAUUUCUUUGCCCGCAACAAUGCUGGCUCGACCUUACUUCAUUUGGUCGCAUCAGUACGUAGUCGCAGCAAAUUUAACGAAAAGGAGGCCGUCGAAUAUGAGGUACAAAGUUUCAAAAUUCUGAUCAGUAUGGGACUAGAUCCUAUGGCCGAGGAUAUGCAGCAGCGAACUAGCUUGGAUGUGGCUGCUGCUUGUGGCAGUGAACACAUCCUGAAACUUUUCGAAAGGAAGCCGAUGGAGUAA